UCCUGGCAGAGGUGUGUGUCCCCUUGCCCUUCUGAUCAGGAAUAUUUCAGGUUCCCAUUUCCUUUCAUGUAUUAUAUAAGUUUUCAUUGAGCGACUACUCUAUGCCACUGGGCAGGCAUGGGGAAAUUGAAUGGUGAGCAUCUCCACGGAGGAGGCCUGGCGGAAACUGAUUUGGCCUUGAGCUGGGGCAGGUGGUGGACCGAGGGGUUCACACUCUCUGUCCCAGCUGCAUGUAUCCUGGUGCUGGAGCGAUCAUGAAGCCUGAGUUCUGAUGCUGCAGAUCUGCUCUGAGACCCUGGGCAAGCCCUGCAUCCUCCCUGGACCACUUUCUGGUUUUCAGUCAAUUAGACAUAGUCCAUUAGACAUGGCUCCCUGUCCUGUUGAUCUCUAAAUGAGGGUCAAGGAGGUUAAGAAUAUCGUGGUUCCCAGCACAGUGGCCAAUAGGAUGCAGUGGGUCUACAAUCAGGGGUAAGUCCAGAUGUGACAUGAGAAACUGGGGGUGCGCGUGGGAGCACCUCAAUGCAGAAAGAGCCACGAGGCUAACCUAACUCUCACAUUUUAUAGUUAGGGAAACUGAGACCCACGUGGCUCAUUCCUUUGUUUGUUCAUACAUUCACUCAUUCAUUCAACAGACACCACUGGCAUCAACUGUAAAUCAAGGUGGCAAAGAAGACAGACAAGUGACAAGCUGGCUUUGCCUGGGGAGCUCACAGUCUGGUGGGGGACAGACAGACAGACACAACUUCAACCUCAGGGAACCCUCAGCUACGGGCUUGGGGAGCACUGGGGAAGGGGCAGGCGGAGGCCGGAGGACAAGCCAGGGAGCUGCUGGGGAGAAUCAGGGCGCCUGGGGAUGCCCCUGGGGACGGGUCUCAUCCAUCAUCUGGAACAGUGCUUGGACCUGCCCACAGGCCUGGCCUGAGAGAAUCAACUCUGACUGCCCCCGCCCCACUCCCCAGCACCAGACCAAGCAAGAAAAGACCCAACACUCUUAUACCCACCGCUGUGGAAACUAGCCCAGGGAACGUUCCCUAAUUAUGCCCUAUUUUCCCAGGGGAAGUAAGUAAGGACCCAAAGAUAAAAGCAAGGUGUCUCCAAGCUACACUUGAGUGUGCAGUGUGACCUGGGGCAGGCUCCUGGGACGCUCGGAGCCUUCCCCACUCCCGCGGCCCUGACUCCUGAGCCCCUCUCUGCAGAGCUGGGCCCUGAAGCUGGGUGUGUCAGGGUCAGCCCUGGCUGGAGCCCCCAUUGGCCACGGAUUGAAAGGCAAGACCUGUGACUGUGAAUAGAGGUGUUUGUAGAAGGCUGGAGUCCAUGGAGGCAGAGCCCAGGGCAGUGGGGUGACAGCCAGACACCACAGGCACCGGGCCAGGCAGGGUGGGCGGGUUCAGUCCGUAGACGGAACAACACAAGUUCAAGUCUCAACAUCAUCACUUACCAUGAGUGAUCCUGGGCAGGUGACCUAACUGCGCUGAACCUGAGUCACCUCAUCUGCAGAAUAGAUACAAGAAUAGUAGCCCCUCAUGGGACAGUCAUGAGGAUUAAAUCCACUGACAUUUGGAAAGAUAUUAGCAUGAGGCUUCGCCUGUUGCGGAUAAUUUAGCCAAAAGCAGCUUUUAGUCAACGUGACAAUUAGACAGAAUUGACAAUCUGGGUUCCAAAACAAUUUGCUCAACAAAUAUUUAAUUGGGAAACAACUUUGGGCCAGCAUUGAACAAAGCAUAAGAAGCCUUACCCUCAACACAGACAAGAAACAAGAAAUUGGGCAAAACACAUGGGAAGUCAGAUAGUGAUAAAUGCUAUGGAGCAAAACAGAGCAGGGAGGUCCAUCUGUCAGGGCGGGUGCAAUUCUAUAUAGGAGAAAGGUCUCACGGAGGUGACAUUUUUGCAGAGACCUGAAGGGUAGAAGGAGGGCAAGCCAGACUAAUGCCAUAAAGCCACUUUUUUCUACUCCAGGUAAUUUUGACGCCACAUCAGCUUGUGUGGCUCGGCAGGUUUGAGCCUGGGCUCCUCCGUUCCCCAGAGCCCUUAUCUCACUCUAAUGUGGCCCUGCUUGCUGGGAGGUCUCUAGCCUCAGGCAGAGGAGGCCCGUGGCACUGAGCGUGAAAGCUUUCCUUGGCUGCCUUGGGAAGAAUGGACAGGGACCACCCAGGGGGACCUUGGCUGUUGCCGGUUCAUUCUUGUUUGGACAAUUCCUUCUCCCGCUGGAGCCAGCCACGAUUUUCUGGUUUCCUGGUUCCAGCUCAGCAAAAUCGCUACUUACUUUCCCGGAGAUAGAUGCAGGACUCAAGGCGAUUAGUCCCCACUACCCCCAUCACAUAAACCAUGCGUCCAUCUCCCAAUCAGCAUCCUUACUCAAGAACUGCAGCUUGUCCAGAAUCCCUAACCCUGGAGAAAUUCCAUAGGACCCCAGUAAUGUUAUCAAGACUCUUCAAAUCCUGUGGUUUUUACUGAGAACAGUAGAUUCCACAGGAAAGCUUUCUGCAGAAUGCUGGAAUUAGGGGAAGUUCUCUGGCCCCGUGAAAUAGGGUAAUAGUUCUCCAGGACUGUCAAACUUUGAAGAGGAUCUCCGGUACAUUAGAGUUGGGGGCAGCUCUUGGAAAUCCUGAAGCACUGAAGGAAUUUCCCAGGAUUCCAAAUCUCUAGAAGAGUUCUCUGAAAUUGUAAAAGUUUGCGUAGAAGCUGGGAGGGAUUCUCCGGAAUCUUUGGCUGGGGGUGAGGAUGUUUACCAGUGCUUGGAAGGCCAUCAUUAAUUUCUAGAAUGCUGACAAAUCUAGAGAUCAACCUAGAUGUCUGGAAGCCUGGUUGAGUUCUCCAGAUCCUUGGGGACUCCAACUCUUAGCCAAUGCAGAAGGGGGAGCAUGGCUGAAAGCAUUAUGGUAGGACAAGAGAAGCUUCAGGAAAAGCACUCCUGUGGAUGCUUGUGUUUAAGAGGCUAUAAGGUCUCAUGUCAAUGACCAACCCCAAGGUAAACCCCGAGAAGUGGAGAGAACAUAAGAGUUUAUUCCAACCAAAGAUGCAACUGCCAAGAACAUCUUACUCCCAUCCCUCUAUCUGCUUCAGCCUUCUCUCGCAUCCUGCUUUCUCUCACUCAAGGUCUUUCCUCCCUUUGUCUAAUGACACAUUUGCCCCAAUUCAUAGUUAUUCAGUUUUGUACACAACAGGUUGAUUUCAGCCCUUCUGAGGGAUAUUUUGUGUCCUCUUAUUUUUUCCAUUUCCAUCUCCUUGUUGAGCUUCCAAAGACUUGUCUUCCUUUAUUUUAAGCAAACGAACAUGGCAGAGCGGGGUUGGGCAGGUGGGGGUGGUCUUGCUAUGAAACAAGAGCAGCAGCUACUGGAACUUGUAAACAAGUUGGUGCUGUGGUUGGAGACCAGGACUGGCGUCAGGAGACCUGGGUUGUAAGCCUGCUCUGCAACAGACCUACAAGUCCCCUGGCCAUCAUUGACAUCUGUACUUACUGGCCAGCAAAGAAAUUUCUUUAAUAGUUGACCAUAGGUGUCUUCCUCACGAACCUUCCUUCAGCCCCUGGCUCUGAUCACACUAUCUCUCACUCAUCACACAUGAAGGCCAGGCCUGGUCUACUUGAAGGCCAGGCCUGGUCUACUAGGCAUGAGGACACUGGCCUGACCUUGAGCCACUGCUCUGUCCUCAAAGAGCUUCUAGCCAACUGGGGGAAAAGAACAAUCAAAGUGACAGUUGCUAUGCAAUGGAAUAAAUAAUAUCAAUUAGCAAAUUUAUCUGUUGCCAAGCAUCAUUCCAGCACUGGCCAUGUAGUAAUGCAUUCAUUUCUCAUAACAACUCUGUGAAGUAGUACUAUUGUUAUCCUCAUGUUAUGGUGAGGAAACCAAGACAAGAAGAGGCUCAGAAUUUUCCCAAGGUCACACGGCUAGUAAGUGGCAAAAGUUGGAUUUGUUAUAAGGUGGUCUGGCUCUUGAAUAGAUGAUUUCAACCAUCAUGGCAAGUGCCACACAGUAGGACCACAGAGGAAGGGAAAAUAGAGGAGCAGUUUUUAUCCAACCAGGAACCACUGAGCAGAAUAGAGCAGCCUUCUUGGAGAAGUUAGUCUCCAUCAAAUCCCAGCACAACCCAGCAAAGCCAGACCAUGCAGAGGUCUUUAGUGAGGCAGAGGAAUGGACUUCUCAAGCUCUUUCCCCCCAUGUAGGAAACUUCACCACCUCCAAAGAGAAAAUAAUUAUUCACAGACCACCCAAUGAAGGAGAUUCUGUGCAGGCUAGCCAGAACCAAGAGAAUUAGAAAUGGACCCCUGACGUCCCGCUUUUGUGUGGUGCACAGGGCUCUGGGUGGUCUCCAGGCUAUAGAACCUUGUCAAACCCACUCCUGUCAGCCUGUCUGCCCAACUUAUGGCUGUGGGAGCCUGGGCAAGGUAGUCAACCUCUCUGAAUCUCAGUCCUCCUCUGUAAAGUGCGGAUACGAUUGGUUUACACUACGAGAAGUUAAUGUGCUCAUGGGGAAUGAUACGAGGAUUAACAGAGCGAAACCAUGUAAACUGUUUAGGACAGAGCCUGGCAUGUGGUCAGUGCUAAAUACAUACUGGUUGUUAUUACUAUUUUUAUUGCUAAUGAACGCUUUCAGCACAAACAUUCUACCAGUCCUGUCUUCCAGGAGAGGAAUUGCAUCAAUAUCUGGACUCUGGUUAUACAGACUCAUGAACUUGACAACCAGCUCUGCUGACUCCUUCCUGCAAGGUGCGCCUUCUAAUAUGGAUUCUUCCAGGGAGAGAGUGGCCAUCCAGGACUGGGUCACCCAGUGGAAAAUCCAGGGAAGUGUUCCCACUGCCCUUCCAGGGAAGCUGAUUGGGAGAGAUUCAUUUGUCUUCAUUGAAGAAAGGCCAGUGGAACUUUCCAAGGAGUCUGGCUUGCCUCGUGAUUUCGGAAAAGACCUGUUUUAGUCCCUCCAAAGAUAUUGGGUGAUGUCAACCCGGUCAGCCAGGAGUCGGACAGGCCUCCUGAGGUCUUGCUUUAAUGCAGGGCAGAUAAGACCAGUCUGCAAAGAGUAGGAAAACGCCUGUGUCCUCUUCCUGAAUGCAGACAGGCCUUUGGAAGUUUAUUCCUUUGGGAGCCCUUUCUUCUGGGGGUACAGAGGGAGCCAGGCUCUGGGCCACAAGCUCUGUUCCAGGGGCAGCUGGAUCUCAAGAACCCUCAGCUCCAAAGUGUCUCACUUUCUGGGCUGCUUCUGCAGGCUAAGCCACCUGCUUCCACAAUCAGGAGUCUAAAUUGACAACAUCUAAGGGCACCCUCCACCCUGGGCUAUCAUUUAUUAUUUGCUGAGCUCUCCGCAAGCAGCAAGAACGUGACAUGUUUCUCAUCAUUUAAUUCUUCUACACCCCUAUGAGCUCAUUAACUCCAUUUAACAGGGGGAAGACUCAGGUUGAGAAAGUUGAAGUCAAUUAAGAUCAAACAGGCAGGACGGGGUCGCAGCCAUGACUGGAACCCAGGACUGUCUGGGUGCAAAGUUCAGCUGCUCAACCAUCACGCUGCUGGACGAAGCCUUGGGGAUCCUCCCAGCCGUGAUACACAGACUAAUUCAAAAUCGGUGAUGCAAGGGAACAGGUAUCUUUGCCUUUUAAAUUGUGCCAGUGAGUAUCCCGGUCACUCGUUCAUUUGCUCAUUCAUUGAUCGUGAUUCAAGGAUUUGGCCAUGGUGAUUUCAAUCUCCCAGUCUCCCUCAGCUGUCUUCUAGUUAGGUGGUCCUUUUUGGGGGUCUGACCUACAUUUCCACUCACAGUUCUAAGUCAGUCAAUUAGCAUGUGGUUGUUGAACACCUAAGUGCCCAGUACAGUGGUGGGAAGAAGAGAAGGGUCAGGUCUAUGGCAGAGACAGAGCACGCUCUUGGCCGGGGCAGGGAGAACCAGGCUCACUCCUGCUGUGAGGGGUCCAGUGAAGGGAGACACCCACCCCUCUGCUCCAGGUGUCUGAAAGAACACAGCCAAGGGCCCACUGUUUAUCAGGGGACAAGGGGCUGGGAGGCCAGCAGAGUGACUUGGGUGUCAGGGAGACAGAUCGGGGUUUGGAUCACUACUCACUGGCUGGGUGACCCUUGACACUAGGUCACCUGAUCUCUCAGCCUCAGUUUCCCUAUCUGCAAAGUAGGGCUACCACUGCAGUAAAAUGAUUGAACCUUAACGGGAGGAUUCACUAAGCCGUGCUUGUAGAGUGCUCAGCAUGGGGCCUGACACACAGUACGAACUUAAUCAAGUGGUUAUUCAGGUUAUCGCCGCCCUUAGUGUGUAUAGCAGCGAUACCCAAUUCUGGUUCAUCAGGAGAACUGAAUUCACUGGGCAGCGAACUAUUUUUCAAAGGGCCCCAUCUAAGCAUCCAGCUCUGGGGAUAGGCAAGGCAGAAGCUGAGUGUUUUACACUCACCAGGGGGUUGUAAGCAGGCUUGGGGCAAGGAAGGCUGGGUUCCAGCCCUGGUUCUACCACUUCCGUGGGCCUUUGCUCUAGGCCUCUGCCUCCUGCCUGUACGGAGGAAUGGGGACAAACCCCAGUGGUCUUUCUAGGACUUCUCUGCUGCCCUCUAGUGGACACGGGAUGCUCACACCUUCUUGCGUGUAAUUUCUGCUGUGUAUGGAGCCCUUACCUGGUGCCACGCGCUGUGCUAAGAGCCUGUGAUGACAUCGAUCCCUCCGGUGUGUACACUGGGGAGCACUUUCGCAAAUGUCCCUCCUCCAGUGCUUACUUCAGCCCUGUCACCCCCAGAGUGUUCAUCUGAAACAGGCCUCUGUUCCUUCCUGCACUGGGCACCUCUGAGGCUCAGAGGCCUCUUGCACAGGUCUGGUCUCUCCAAAGACAGACAUCCUGAGACCAUCACACAGAUGAGGGCACGGAGGCACUGAGAGGUAAAGCCACUCACCCAAGGCCACACAGCCAGUGAGUGGCACAGAAAGCAGUCUGGCUCCCGAGUCCACGCUCUCAGCCACCACCAGAUGCUGCCUCUCCCAGCAAUGCUGCUUCCCAGCUGGGAGACCCUAGGCAAGUCACUUUACCUCUUGGAGACUCAAACGCCCUGCCUAUAAAGGGGAAAAAUAGCACCUACUUGAUGGGGUUGUUGUGGGGAUGAUCAGUUCCGUGGCCGGUGUAGAGUGCUGGUAUACAGCUGGCACAUAGCAGGUGCUCAGUGAAUGGAAGCUGUGAGCAUCAUUAUUUCUACUAUUAUUUGCUAGGGUUGUGGGAAGCCACGAGUCAGAGAAGGAACUCUGGGGACAGGACACCUGAGCUCUCGUCUUGGCUCUGCCACAGACCUCCCUAUAGUCUCUGCUAAGUCACUUCCUCUCCCCGGGCCCCAGUUUUCUCAUGUGAGAAAUGGGCCAAUCAGGCUUGUCCUCCUGCCUCAGAGGUGGAAUGACCCAGCGGGAAGGGCCAGGAGCUGCCCGUCUCUUCAUCCCACCUGGGACAGGUGAGGAGUUUCUGGGGAAGCCUCUGUGGGGCCUGAACCUAGCGCCCGGCUGCACCAGGACCAGCUUGCAUUUGGCCAGCAGCUCCUCUGAAGCAGCCACACUGGCGCCCCGGGACCCUGACCCCGGCCUGGGCACUACGAGGGAUCGAUUGGCCCUGGCCUUGGGGCCCUGAUUGGUCCCGGCUGAACAGAGCAAACAGCAAGGUCAUCUACAGCCACAGACCCGUUCCCCAGCCCCAGUCCGUAGCUGCCUCGUGCAGGGAGGUGGUGGCUCUUCUGUCCCCAGCCGGAGCCCGUGAGUGACACCCCAGGCGGAGGAGCCCGGAGCCAUGCGGAGUCUUGGGGCCCUGCUUCUGCUGCUGACCGCCUGCCUGGCGGUGAGUGCCAGCCCUGUGACGACGUUGCCCGACGACAUCCAAGUGCAGGAGAACUUCGACCUGUCUAGGAUCUACGGGAAAUGGUUCCACGUGGCCGUGGGUUCCACCUGCCCGUGGCUGAAGAGGUUCAAGGACAAGAUGACCAUGAGCUCACUGGUGCUGGGAGAGGGAGCAACGGACAGCGAGAUCAGCGUGACUAAUACUCACUGGCGGAAAGGUGUCUGUGAGGCGAUCUCUGGGGCUUAUGAGAAAACAGGCACUGAUGGAAAGUUCGUCUAUCACAAACCCAAAUGGAACAUCACCAUGGAGUCCUAUGUGGUCCACACCAACUAUGAUGAGUAUGCCAUUUUUCUGACCAAGAAAUUCAGCCGCCGCCAUGGACCCACCAUUACUGCCAAGCUCUAUGGGCGGGAGCCACAGCUUCGGGAAACCCUGCUGGAGCAGUUCAGGGAAGUUGCCCUGGGUGUGGGCAUCCCUGAAGACGCCAUCUUCACGAUGCCCGAAAGAGGUGAGUGUGUCCCUGGGGAGCAGGAGCCAGCACCCGCUCCACUCUUGAGAGCCCAGCGGUCUGUUCUGCCCCAGGAAGAGGAAGGAUCAGGGGCUGGACAACUAGUAACUGAUUUCGGCAAGAAAGAAGAUUCCUGCCAGCUGGGCUACUCACAAGGUCCUUGCCUGGGGAUGAUUCAGAGGUAUUUCUAUAAUGGCUCAUCCAUGGCCUGCGAGACCUUCCACUAUGGUGGCUGCAUGGGGAACGGCAACAACUUUGUCUCGGAGAAGGAGUGUCUGCAGACCUGCCGGACCGUGGAGGCCUGCAAUCUCCCCAUAGUCACGGGCCCCUGCCGAGGCUCCACCCAGCUCUGGGCAUUUGAUGCUGUCAAGGGGAAGUGCGUCCUCUUCAUCUACGGGGGCUGCAAGGGCAACAGCAACCAGUUCUACUCAGAGAAGGAGUGCAAGGAGUACUGUGGCAUCCCUGGUGAAGGGGAUGAGGAGUUGCUGCGCUUCUCCAACUGACCGGCCCACAGGCCAGAGGUCCACAGGCCACAGGGAGCGCGAGGGCCAGUGUCUGCCCCAGGGUCCCACGGCAGGUUCCGAUAAAAACCAAAUUGUAGACUCCUGAAAUUCCACAUCCUGACGAUUCAUCAUGAAGUAUAAUGAGAUGGGGGGAGGGGAGGGGGAGACAAGCUGGGGAGCGGGCAUGAGUAACCCCAGCUUUCCCCACAUGUGAAAAAUGUAUGUGUUGGAAAUGUAAUAGAGCCAUCUUCAGGACAUGAAAUUGGCUACGCAAAUUAUGAAACAUAAAUCACAGUUCUGUAUAAAAUGGGAUUGUUUUGUCUUAAUAAAGCUAGAAGAGUA